UAAUCGUCUGUCAAAACUCCUUACGCAUUGUUUGGAUUCACGAAUCAAACUCUGAUUGUUGCAAAUUCACAACUUUCGGUCCAAGCUCUAGUAAAGGCCCUUUUUUUCAAGGCAGAGUCGUCCCAAUGGAAAACAUCAACCCUAACGAAUACGUGUUGAGCGCCGACAUGAGCAAAAUCACACGUGUGACGACGCGUCUUAACGACGACUGCUCCACGCUGGACUGCGUGAUGCGAGACAAAGAUGGGCAGGACGUCACCUUCGUGACUACCCUUCCAACCGGGCCCAAAACGCGCGUCAUCAGGCAAACCAUCGAAAUUGUGAACAAAGAAAAUGGGACUCAAGAGGAGAGAGCUCAGGCUGUUCGUGCGUUCGCUGAAAGUUUGAUAAGCCGAGUAAACCGAAUCCAAGAAGCAGUCUCGGAACCUGGGGUCAAGCAAAAGUGCGAAGGUCUGACAGCUGCCAUCGCAGGGACGGUGGAACAGAAGUGUCCGUACAGCCAGCUCAGGAGCUUUGUGCAGGAGAUCGAUGAGCUCGAGCAAAACUCUCGACUGGCACAAGGUGGAGGAACGAGCGUUCAAAGUCAGUCUGAUGCAUCGGUGCAAGAACCAGAAAGUGCAGGCCAGCUGGGCGAAUUCCAAAAACUGAUGAGCCUCGUGCAAAGCCAGCUGCACAACCUGCUGAGGAUGAUCGGUUUGGAAGGGCAGCCAGCCCAACCAGCGGUCGAGGAUGACUUAUUGGUGGUAAAAGUGGCCGUCGACCGCACCUUGACUUCCGUCCUGCAGUUUAUGGAUGAGCAGCCUUCUGCCGAGUUUUUGCAAACCACAAUCGACCUACUCGACCGGAUGAACGGCUUCAUCAAAAAGGGCGACGAGCAGCAACUGGUGCAGACCAUCGCCGAUAUCAACAAGCACAUCCAAGACGCCACAUUCCAGAUGAAAUAAAAAUUCGUUAAGUGCGCUCAUUGAAAUUACCGAUACAUUGACUGAUGGUUUCUCUGAAUGUGCCAAAUGUAUUUUUAUAGAUAAUUUGAGGAGCAUCAAUCACUCUAGGGAAUUCAAAAACAGUUAUCAGGUCACCACUUCUAAUUAGCAAUGCAAUCGGCGCGUCGUUUGGGAUUGCGUGUUUGCUCAGUGCCAACAACAGUAGUCUCGCCUUUACUCGUUCCCGGCGAGUGCGUUAUUCCGCUCACUAUCGCCGUGAUUUUUAUUUGCACAGAUUUGCGGGUAAAAAGGCGUGUAUAAAGCCGCAAGGCCACCUCACACAAGGUCCCCUAGCACUGUGUAACUCGAUAGCAGGUUCGAUUGCAGAAUCAAUAUAUUCUGGAACAAAAAUUGUGGAUAUUUCUUUUCUUUUUUCCAAGUAUUUCGAAAAAUUUGCUAAAGAGGAGCUGUACAGGCCAACAUUUAAGAGCAUUUUGCAAUGUUGGCUAAAGGCAGGUGGUUCACGAUGUCAAUUUGUGGAUUUUAGCAAAAUUUGACCCAGUAAUUGUUUAAUUCCAGUUUAU